UGUGCGGCACAUUUCCGUACAUACGUGGCGACCCUGCCAGGACACAUACCGGGAGAAUCAUGGCAAAUCCAUCAACAGAAACAGCAACAGGAGAUGGGCAAAAUUUAGGCCCAGAGAUUGAUAUCGAGAAGGAAAUAGCGAAGUUGAAUUAUUAUACAGAGCAGACAGAUGAGCUCAUAGAAAUUGGAGACACAGUAGAAAUGGAGAUAGCAACAAAUAGGGUGAAGGUAAUCCACAAUAAGAUAAUUGAUUUGACAGGGAGAAUUGAAGAGAUGAAAUUAGAACAAGGGGAAUCAUCUAGGUCAGUUAGGCAGUGGAAAAAGGAUGUGAAAGAUAAAUAUACAGGAAUGUUAGAGCAAAAUGAGAAAAUGUUGAGAGCUUUAACACAAAUAGAAACUCAAACAAGAGAGGAAGGUCUGAGAAGGGAAUUUGAAAGGAAGCAAAUUGAGCAGCUAAGGGAAGAUAAGAGAAUGCUAGAAAGACAAAAGCAAUUAGCAGACGAUGAAGAGAAAAUAAGAAGGGAGAGAUACUUACAAGAGAAGUCUUUAUGGGAGGAAAGAAUGCAUGCUGAAAUUAAACUUGCAGAGAAAAAGCUAGAAAUGGAAUGUGGGGCUAAGGCAACCUUUUCAAAACUGCCAGAGCUGAGAGUCACACCAUUUAAAGGCACAAUAGCUGACUGGAUAAGAUUUGAAAACAUGUUCACAAGUCAAGUUUUAAGUAAGGGGUUUAGUGAUGAAGUUAAAUUUGGAUAUUUGUUAGAGAUGGUGAAUCCCAGAGUGAGGGAUAAAAUUGCAAAUCUGAAACCAGGAAAAGUUGGGCUUGAAACUGCCUGGGAAAGGCUCAAAAAGGAAUAUGGGCAAAGGAAUGCUGUGAUAAACACACACAUUGAUGAAAUUGUGAAUCUACCUACCAUAAAGGGAGUAAAUUAUGAGAAAAUUCAAGAAUUUUAUGACAAGCUCACAAAGAAUUAUGAUGCCCUGCUGACACUUGAUGAAGAAAACAUGUUGAGAGGAUUUGUGAUGACAACAUUAAACAAGCUGCCAAAUGUCAAGUCUGAUUUGGUAAGGCUGGAUGAUGAUUGGGAAAGCUGGGGGAUGUCAAAGCUUAUUGAUAAUUUGCAGAAGUGGUUGAAAAGAAACAAAACAGAGGAAAUAGGAAAGCCAGUGGAAAAAAGAGAAAAACACUGGUAUACAGGUGAAACAAAGGAGAAACACUCAAGAAAAUGUAUUUAUUGUGAUCAAGAUCAUUGGAGUGAUAAGUGCAAAACACAGGAAACUAUAGAGAGUAGGAGGAGCUUCUUCAGAGAAAAUAAGCUAUGCUUCAACUGUGGGAAAAAAGGACACAGGGGGGAUAAAUGUCUAAGUAGGGGGUGCUACUUUUGUAAGGCUAAACACCACAGCAGCCUAUGUGAAAAGCAGAAAGGUGAAAGUGAAAAAGGUUCAAUUUUAACAGGAUUCACACCUUCUGUGGAGGAAACACUCCCACCAAUUUUGCCUGUAAGAAUUGAUGGAAAGGUUAUUUGGGCAUUCCUUGACACAGGUUCAGGAAGGAAUUUCAUUUCUAAGGAUACGUUAAUGAUGCUCAAAUCAAAACCUGAGAGAUAUGAAACAAAAGAUGUAACAACUAUCAAUGGAACAGCAAGAAAAGCCAUGCCAAUCUUUCAGAUGACCAUAGAAUCAUUAGACAAGAAAGCCAGAGAACAUAUUGAGGUUGCAGGGGUAGAAAUGCAUGAUUUCACAACAGUCAAAAGGCCAGAUUUAAGGAAAUUGAAACAGCAGUUUAGACACACCAAAGACAAAGAAUUCUACAUAACAGCAUCAGGGGAACAUAAAAUUCACAUGAUUAUUGGAGACAAAACAUACAGCAAACUGAGAACAGAGACAGUUUUCAAGGGGAAUGAUGAUGAACCAAUUGUAGAAGGCACAUCAUUUGGUUGGAUUAUUCAUGGAGGAGAAUUUUCUAGCACAAAUUGCAUGUUCACCAGAGAGCUUGGAAAUGAAUAUGAGAGAUUAUACAGCCUUGACAUACUUGGGGUUGAAGACAGGGGAGAAGAUGACCAAUUAGAUGUUUACAAAGAGUUCAAAGAGAACAUUUCCAGACAAAAUGAUGGAAGGUAUGAAGUUAAUGUUCCAUGGAUACCAGGAAGCAAUUUGGCAGAAACAAAUGAGAUGCAGAGCAGAAAGAGAUUGAAAAAUGUUGAGCGCAAACUGAGGCAUGAUGAAAAACUGCAGAAAGAAUACACAGAAAUUGUUGAGAAUCAGUUAAGAGAGGGAGUUGUGGAGAGAGUUCCAAGUGAACCAUCUGGAACAAGAAUAUUUUACAUGCCUCACAAACCAGUUGUAAGAGAGAGCGCUGCUACCACAAAGGUGAGAAUGGUAUUUGAAGCUAGUGCACGCCCAACGCCAACAACAAACAGCAUCAAUGAUUGCAUGUACAAGGGACCUGCGUUGCAGCCAAAUAUUUGGGACAUUAUGGUCAGAGCAAGAAUGACACCAUAUCUGCUGCUAGGAGACAUACAAAAGGCAUUUUUACAAAUUGGAAUUAAAUCAGAGGAUAGAGAUGCAUUCAGAUUCUUAUUCACACUGAGUGGGAAGGAAGAACACCUAAGAUUUCUAAGGGUCCCUUUUGGGGGGGAAGCCAGCCCAUUUAUGUUGGGGGGGACCUUGCAGCACCAUUAUGAGAAAUUUACUAACACAGAGCUAGCCAGUACCCUAGAAAUGCUCAGAGAAAAUACAUAUGUAGACAAUCUGAUGUGUACAGGAAUGAGCAUUGAAGAGCUUCAAAGAUUUAAAGGAGAGGCAACUGAAAUACUAGAGGAUGCAAAGUUUCAAAUUCAUAAAUGGGAAUCCAACAUAGAAAGCCUAGAAAGUGAAAAUAUGGAGAAUCCAAGCAAGAUUUUGGGGCAUGUUUGGAACAAGGAAGAAGAUACUUUGAUGGUACCCAUAAACAAAGGGGAAGAGGAUAAGGUCUCAGAGAACACUGUAUUGAGACAAUUAGCCAGAAUUUAUGACCCCUUGGGAAUCAUUUCACCAACCCUAGUAGAAGGAAAGAGAAUCUUCAGGGAGACCUGUGAUGAGAACAAGGGAGGGGAUGCUGAAGUUUCUGAACCCCUUAUGAAAGAUUAUUUGAGAUGGAUGAGACAGCUGAGAGAAUUAAAGAUACCAAGAACUUUAGUAAGAGAAAUAAGAGCAGUUGAUGCAGUGAAUUUACACAUAUUUGCAGAUGCAAGUGAAAAGGCAUGCUGUGCUGUGACAAUUGCAGUAGUGGAACAAGGAUCAAGCAAAGUAAAAGGCUUACUCACUUCAAAGUCAAGAAUUUCAAAGAGAAACACUUCGAUAGCCAGACUUGAGUUGGUUGGGGGGCAAAUGGCAGCAAACAUGGCCAAGAACAUUUGCAAAGCAUUGAAGAAUUGGCCAAUAACAUCAAUCAAUGUGUGGAUGGAUAGUAUGGUGGCCUUAUUUUGGAUAAACAAUCCAGGGAAACAAUGGAAAGCAUUUGUAGCGAACAGGGUGAGAAAGAUUACAGAGAUAGUGGAAGAAAGCGAGAGUAGAAGAGCUUGUGAAAGGAAGAGACGACGUAGUCAGGGGAGUGCUUUUGAGACACAAAGGACAUCUCAUAGAGCGACCGGUUCAAGCUAUCUGCCCAUUGGAGAUUGGUUGUCAAGCGAAGGAGUCACAGACAGUGGAAACAAUCAAAGGAGCAACUGAUGACAAAGUCAAUGUGAUAACAGUUGAAACAAUCAACGGAGCAAUCGAUGCCAAGGCCAAUGUGACAACAAGAGAGAAGAGAAGAGCUGCGGUGGAUGCAGAAGUGAAGACGAGACUUUGUUUGGAAGAAGAUUGAAGAGGACAACUGCGUACCGUAAAGGUUUGAUAAAAUUUGACUCAAGUAUGUUACUUUACUCAAAUUUUAGGGGAGUUUGUGUACGGUACUUUAUUAUUAUCAUUCGUUAUGUUGAUUAGUAGUGGACAUUUUAGGACAGUUUAGGACAGUAGAGAACUGGGACCGAGUUUCAGUUAUUUUUAGUUAGAUCUUCGAGAGCACGAGACAAGAUGGCGAAUCUUAGAGUUUAGCGAUUUGUGUGCGGCACAUUUCCGUACACAUGUACACUCAUUUUCUUUAAAGAAACUGGCUAUAAGAAACGAGUACUGGACAGUCAGAAAAAAUUAAGAAACUUCAGAACUCGAAGCAAAAAAAUUAAAUUAAGAAACUAUUAAAUCGUGAUAAAACUGAGAACAACGGAAUUCUGUAAAAUCGAAGAACAUGAUUGCCCUGAUGGCCUAGAAAGACACAAAGGAUAAAAAUAUACUUCCCACGUCUAAAUACAGCGUCAGAACGGAAGCGAAUCUCUUGACGUGAAUAAAAAGGGUCAUGAACAUUUCAUAACAUCAUUCAUGACAUCAUAAUUAAGAAACAAUGAGUAGUGAAAUUUACUGAAAUGUCAAGCAUUUGAAAUAAGCAUUUGAAAACAAUAGAAACAUUGAAAAUUUGCAGAAACGAAAACUCUUCAAACAAGUUUCUGUUGGGAAAUCUCUUAGCGUUAAAGAAUCGAAAAUAGAAAGCAAAUGUUAAAUUUAACGACGUCAUAUUUAAGAAACUCUUAAAAACAGCGAAUAUUGAAAUUUCCAGAACAUUAAGAAACUGGAGUACUCAACAUCGACCUUUGUUUUACAUUAGAAAAUGAGUGUAUUGGAUAUAUGGAUACUUAAGCUAGUUUAUACUAAAGCUUUAAUUUAUAGUUUCCCCCAAAAAAAGAUUUUCCUUGCAAAUAUAACAUAGUUAUCGUCUACAAAAUUUGAUAUUGAAAAACCUGUAAGCUAUUUAUAUUAACUAAGAACAAUACCGGUCAAAGCACACUGCAUUGGGAGACAUGUCCAAUGCAUAUUAAUUUUCAGUUUCUGGUUCCCCUUCAUUUUCAGUUUAUGGGCUGAACUGAUGCUUCUACUAGAUCUUUAUUACUUCUCUCAAUUACUUCUUUCAAUUUUUAACUCACAAGCGACCAGAAUUUCUAAUUAACUCGUUGCGAUUAGCAAUAAAAAGCAUGGCAAACUGUAAAAGCUUUCAGUUAAUUUUCCUCCUUGGGGUAGAAAAAUGUAAUAAAACGUCCUCUAAAUAAGAGUUUAUAACAUUCUUGAUCACACUUUAGUUUCAUUUAUUGGGUUGACAUCAAAAUAUGCGAUUUUCGUAACUUUCAUAGUUAUGUUUUUGAUAUUUUCGCUUGAAGAUAGAAAUAAUUCGCAGAAAAUUUUUCAUUUCUUUACUCACCGAAACGUUUUCUUUCCACUGAAAUUUUUCAAGUUUCCAUCGAAAUUCACACCGAAAUUUCAUUGUCAUGUCCAAAACUUUUUCCACGGAUAAUUAAUCUACCGAAUUUUCGGUACCAAAUUUUUUGCUAUUCAUUGUAUACUCAGGGGCGUAACUUGGCCAAUAGGUUUGGGGGGGUGAAAAGGGUUUCUGCCCUGCAAAACUGACUGGUGCCCUGCAGACCUCGUAGCAACGGUUUGUCUAUAGGUUACUAGUGAAAGCUUUACCAGUGUACACUGGUCUUUACCAAGGACAAACUUCUAAGCAAUAAAAACAAACUUGAAACUUCAUUGCCUAUGAAAUAUCUAUUUCUCUACGUGAGCGUAAUUUUUUUUAUAUUCAUUUCAUUUAAUGUUGGUUUGCAAAAUACUAGCUAAUAAACAGCUAAUGGGGGGGGGGAUACUUGAUGCAGACAGCGCAACGAAAUUUAGCUCAGGGGGACUAAGAAUCAAGUUUAGUGAGGUAGGAGGACCCACCAUGGUUGGGUCCGACGUGAAGAAAAUUUUUGAAAUUAUACCUUCUAAAAGGGCUAAAAAGCAUCUUUCAGACAAAAAAUUUAGCAAAAUACUAUUGUGCUAAAAGAACUGAUUGUUUAUUGAAAAUAUUAUUGUUUAUUGGAAAAAAAGGGAGGGGGAAUAUCAUGCUAAAACUCUAGUGUUAAACGUUGGGGAAGGAAAGAAACGGCAACCUUUCGUUUCAGAUUGCACGUAGUUGUGAAUGACAGAGGAAGAUGUUGUUUUGAUUUGAGGAAUUUUUUUUCCUGAACAGAAAUGUGCAGUUUCUUGUAUCGAGAAGGACAUGUUUACACAUAAAAAAUUAAAGCAUUGCAAUGAUACAGAAAAUGAUUUACUGAAUUAAUGCAAAUGAAAGAAAAAUGAUAAAAAUAUACGUGAAAAAGUUAGCAAUUAGAUGAAACAAAUUCGGUUCCUAACAAGAAUCUUAACAAUUUAUUAUGUUUUUUAGUUCAUGCACUGUUAAAAAGUAAUAGAAAAAAUGAUAAAAAAUUCUUAUCUUGAUCAAAGUGAGGGCCUUCGGCCCCCUAUUCCCCCCAGUGACGCCGUGCCUGUCAUGAAAAUAAUUUACAACUUAAAUUAAUUUGCAUGGACUCAAUUUUGCCCUCAUAAACAUAUGCAUCCAUCAUUGCAUCCAUUGGCUAUGACUUUCGGUAAGAAAUGCUUUCGCCUUGCAAAUAACGGAGCUUUUAUUUAGAUACCUGUUCCGUUCUCUAAAAUGCAAUGUCAGGAAGGGAGGUUCAUAAAAAAUACGAUAUUUCCAUUUAAAAAUUCCUAAACGGCCCUUUACGAACUUCAGAGGUGGCAUUUCUGCGUGGCAAUAAAGCUCUUCUUGGCGCCCUGCGAAAUCUUCGAUUGCCCUGCGAAAUCGACUAUUUUUUGGAUUGGGGGGGUGUCACACCCCCCCACACCCCCCCGGUAUUUUCGCCCCUGUGUAUACUAGCUAUAUUUAUAAAUAUAACUUUUAAUUCAAGAUUCUAACUUAUUACCCCUUAACAAUGUUUUCUUAUCGGAGAAAAGUGCUCCGAGCCUCCUUAUAAAAAGGGAGUUAAAAAUGCCCACUGGUCUCAUCAAACUUUUCCAAACAUUAUCUUCUCAAUUCAUGAAUUUCAUGUGAACUUCAUAUUAAGCAAAUAUUGUGUAUGAUAAUGUUUCUGAAUCGCUUUCCAUUACUUUCUCUGCCUUGCCCUCUCCACACUCAGUAAACAUCAGUGUUGGGUUACGCGCCUUUUCGGAAGUGCUGUAAACGAGGUAGUUUCAAAAUGCAGCAUCUUAUCUUUGGCGGUGGGCUUGCUUUGUUUGAAUAAUGUUCUCUGCUAGUUUAGCUUGAUAAAUAAUAAGCAAAUGAUAGAAAAAAGUCGAUAAAAGAAACAAAAAUGCCUCGAGAAAUCAUCACGCUACAAAUUGGACAGUGUGGAAAUCAAAUUGGUUUUGAAUUUUGGAAACAGCUCUGUGCAGAACAUGGAAUUAGUCCAGGUGCGUUUACUUUUUCUUGCCAGGCAACUUUUUUCUUGUUAAUUUUAAACAUUCUACAAAAUAUAAGGUCUAGUGCAACUUAUAUUUAAACAUCGGGGAUUUUGAUUCGUUAUAGUAUAUACUAUCAAGGCGAGUAAACUAAAAUUUAAGGUUUCCUCUUAUUUAUUAAUUGUAAAUGCAAAAAUGUUGAUUUCAUUUAAUGUUACAUGCUGUUGAAGAUAGUCCUGUCGGCAUAAUUAUUAAUUUCUUUUGAUUUCUCUCAGCAAAAGCCGUGUAGGCGAUUUAUUCUUGGAAAAAGAAGCUUUUAAAACGAUCAAACUUUUGUAUUUUUUUCCUGCAUAACACGAAGUCAGAGAAAAGGAAGUCACUUUUUUGCUGCUUUCUAUUAUGUCAUUGGUCAAGCCAAUUUUUGAACUUG